CGAAUUUAGAGUGAAGACAUUCUAUGUGCAAGUGCUUGGUAAUUUCUCAUGACAAUAAAAGCAAACAAAAUGAUGAGAGAAAAAGCAAAUCAGAAGACUUCCCUUCCUCUUGACACUGCAAUAUUUUUUCUCUCCAUCUCUUAGAAGAUAAGCAAAGAAAAGAAAAUCUCUUGAAUAAUGUCCUCUAUGGAGACUGCAACUUUGUCUGAUUCCUGAGAAGAUUUGGUUGAGAAGGAAAUGGAAAGCACCCCACAAGAAUUAGAAGUUGAUUCCCGGAGAAAUCAGCAAUCUAGAUUCAGUAAAUGUACAACUUAUGAUGGCUCUAAAUUAGUGAGUAAACAGAACAAGCAGUUUUCUAAUAAAUUUAUCCCAGAUUCAAUAGCUUCAAGAUCCAAUGAGGCUGGGAAGAAAUUGGUGUUGAAUUUUUCCAGAGGUAAAGUAUUCAAUUAUUCCUUCAAAGGCCAGGAUAGUUCACAGGCAAAUGAAAUCGAACAACUGAUGGAACGAUUGAAGAUUCUUGAAGAUGAAACUGAAGCUAUGAAGCAAACAUUGGUUGACACCAUAGAAGAGAGGACAAGGUUGGUGAAUGAAAUAUAUCAAGAGUUUCUGACAAUACACCAUUUCCAGCGCCUCAGAAACCUCAUGACAGGAUUGAAAUCUUCGGAUGGAUCUUUGAUUGUCAAUCCUUCACAUAAGAAGGCUAUAAUGGGGAUUGGCCUGUCGCAAAUUCUACAAGAAGAGUCAAAUCCUUGUACUGUCCACAAAGCAAAUAUGCACUUCAGCUAGCAGUAGCAUCCAUUCCCAAAUGGGGCUUUCGUUUUUCUUGUUCAAUUACUAGAUUGCAGCCUACUAGCAUUGGUGUUUACUGCAUAUUAAUACUUUUUCACAACUCAAAAACUUUCUAAUUGAUUAAUUUGGUAUGUUAGCACAUUACACAA